AUGUCAACCCUUAAUAAGCCUGCCGAGCCCCCCGUAAUCCCCGAAAGAAUAUCAUCUCUUAUGGCGCCUUCUCGUCAGUCGGCGUUAUGCACUUAUAAGCAAAGGUCUGUGAGUAUAGUAUCCCGCCUUUCGGAGAUGUCGGUCGACUCCAUAACGUCCGAUAUUCUUGAAUUGAAACUCGCUGUAAUGGAAAGCGAACUCGAGUACAUUCGUUGUGUCCGAGACGUCCUGAAGAUACAGCGCCUACUGAUCAUCGAAGAUAUUGAUAAAGAAGUUUCAGCGAAACGGCAGAGGAUUGAAGGACUGUAUACUUACCGCGAUGCUAUAAUCUCCUGUAUGCUGGGUGUAAGUGUAAAACAGAAGGGUCCUAAGUUUGAUCAACCUGCGUUUAAGAAGGGAGUUUAUGUGUACUAUGGUAUCAAUGAGUACUAUCGCCCUGGCUUUAGGUAG